GUCGUUUGUUGUUAUUGCUAUCUCAACAUGAACCCAUUCAAUACACCGAAAUCUAAAAAGUUCACAUCAACAUCCUCAUCGCCAUCAGCACUACAACAAAGUCCAUCCGUUUUCUCUGCUGCAUCGAGUCUAGUUCCAUGUCCCAUUUGCCAGAAAUCGAUACCGGAAUGGUUCAUAAACAACCACCUUGACAAUGACUGCAAGGGUAUGGAUAGUGUUGUCGAGUCUUUGACAAAACAGAGCUCAAGUACAAAACGGAGGUUAAGCGAAAUGGAAGACUUUGAUGACAUUGACGAGGCUAUUUUUCGAGAUAUGUCAGAGACAGAUGAUAAGGAUAAAGAGCAACCAUCCGUUUCACAAUCCCCAGAUCCAGAGCAUGAAUUGCGGGAUUUGCAAAAAAUGCAUCAACAGCAACAGCAGCAACGGCAGCGGCAAUGGCUGCAGAAAUUGCAGCAAAAUCCAGCUCAGCUUCAACAGCACCAAUCAUUCUCCUCUAACAGUCGAAACGAAAGGCAAAAGGCCAAUGUGGCAAUACAACGGUCUAAACCACUUGCAGAACGAGCAAGACCAACUACCCUUGAUGAUUACAUUGGUCAAAAAGAGCUGAUCGGUCCAGGAGGGAUACUGAGAGCCCUAGUCCUUCAAGAUACCGUUCCAUCAAUCAUUUUGUGGGGGCCAUGUGGAGUCGGCAAGACCACUCUGGCUAGAAUCAUUGCCAAUACUACGAAGGCGCAAUUUAAAGAAAUGAGCGCCACAGCACAUGGGGUUGGAGAUCUUAGGAAAGCGUUCGAGGACGCCAAAAAUCUUUUUCAGCUUACCCGCCAACGAACCAUUAUUUUCUUGGAUGAAAUACAUCGCUUCACCAAGGCCCAACAGGAUAUAUUUCUCCCGUUUGUUGAAAAAGGGACCAUCACAUUAAUCGGGGCAACAACUGAAAACCCUAGUUUUCGGAUCAACAAUGCACUACUGUCAAGGUGUCGUGUUCUGACACUUGAGAAACUGUCAUUGAGCGAUGGAAUGGAUCGGAUGAUCCGGCGCGCCGCGCGGAUAAAAUGGCAUGAUAUUUUGGACAUGGCUCAGGAACAAAUGUCGCAAACUGAAUUGGAGCAGUAUCAAGCUACGAUAGGCAAGGAUGAGUGUUCGAUGAAUGAAUGGAUUGAUGGAGCCAUUGAAGAAGACGCUGUCAAAUGGCUUAUUGACUUGAGUGAUGGAGAUGGUCGAGCUGCCAUCAACACACUCGAGAUAGCGAUUCAGGCACAGUCGACUCUUAUUCUUUCAGCAGAUGAUACUGUUCCUCGAACAAAAGACCCAUUUACAUCAAACAACACAAGUCCACUUAGUACUGUUUCAGGUGUUCUUGAAAAGCUGAUGUUAACAAGGUUGACAGCUGAUAUGGUUAGAGCAGCAUUCCAGAAGACGCACCUUCAAUACGACCGGCAAGGUGAUGAGCAUUACAACUUAAUCAGUGCUCUACAUAAAUCGAUCCGAGGAGGGGAUGCGAACGCAGCACUGUACUGGCUAGGUCGAAUGUUAGUUGCUGGAGAGGAGCCUCUUUAUAUUGCGCGUCGGUUGAUUCGAUUGGCAUCAGAGGAUAUUGGAGUAGCAGAUUCUUCCGCUCUGCCUUUGGCAAUAGCGACUUAUCAAGCCUGUCAGAUGAUUGGCAUGCCAGAAUGUGAUGUGAACCUGGCGCAUUGUGUAGUCCAUAUGGCCAACGCCAAGAAAUCUGUAGAUGUCUACCACGCCUAUGGCCUUGUCAAGCAAACAAUCGCAGAAGAGUUUGCUUAUCCUGUACCGAUUCAUCUUCGAAAUGCUCCUACAAGUCUAAUGAAAGAUUUAGGAUAUGGCCACGAUUAUAAGUAUCCGCCUAAUUAUCCUGAAGGUGUGAAGAUUGAUCAAGAGUACCUUCCAAGGGGUCUCAAAACACGAAAUUUUUUGGGUAAAGUGCCCGUAAUGAGGCUGGGCGAUGAUGGGGAAUGGCAGCUUUGACGCUUUUAGUCUUUUAUAAAUAAUAA